AUGGCGCUGCUGAAAGUCAAAUUUGACCAGAAGAAGCGGGUCAAGUUGGCCCAAGGGCUCUGGCUCAUGAACUGGUUCUCCGUGUUGGCUGGUAUCAUCAUCUUUGGCUUAGGGCUGUUCCUGAAGAUUGAACUCCGGAAGAGAAGCGAUGUGAUGAACAAUUCUGAGAGCCAUUUUGUGCCCAAUUCCUUGAUCGGGGUGGGGGUGCUGUCCUGUGUCUUCAAUUCUCUGGCUGGCAAGAUCUGUUACGACGCCCUGGACCCUGCCAAGUACGCCAAGUGGAAGCCCUGGCUGAAGCCGUACCUGGCCGUGUGUGUCCUCUUCAACGUGGCCCUCUUCCUGGUGGCCCUCUGCUGCUUCCUCCUGCGGGGCUCGCUGGAGAGCACGCUGGCCCACGGGCUCAAGAACGGCAUGAAAUUCUACCGGGACACAGACACCCCGGGCCGGUGUUUCAUGAAGAAGACCAUUGACAUGCUGCAGAUUGAGUUCAAGUGCUGCGGCAACAACGGCUUUCGGGACUGGUUUGAGAUUCAGUGGAUCAGCAACCGCUAUCUGGAUUUUUCCUCCAAAGAAGUCAAAGAUCGCAUCAAGAGCAACGUGGAUGGGCGGUACCUGGUGGAUGGCGUCCCCUUCAGCUGCUGCAACCCCAACUCACCGCGGCCCUGCAUCCAGUACCAGCUCACCAACAACUCUGCACACUACAGCUACGACCACCAGACGGAAGAGCUCAAUCUGUGGCUGCGUGGCUGCAGGGCCGCCCUGCUGAGCUAUUACAGCAACCUCAUGAAUACCAUAGGUGCUGUGACGCUCCUCGUCUGGCUCUUUGAGGUGACCAUCACUAUUGGGCUACGCUACCUGCACACGGCGCUGGAAGGCAUGGCCAACCCCGAAGACCCCGAGUGCGAGAGUGAGGGCUGGCUUCUGGAGAAGAGCGUGCCGGAGACCUGGAAGGCUGUUCUGGAGAGUGUGAAGAAGCUGGGCAAGGGUAACCAGGUGGAAGCCGAGGGCGAGGACGCAGGCCAGGCCCCGGCAGCAGGCUGA